UUCAUGUCUGCCCAGACAUAUCCAGUCCGAAUGCAACGCAGGGUUCCAGAUGGCCAUGGCACUCCACCUCAGAGCGCUGAUGUCGCCUACGAUCUUGGCCCAAGUAUUUGCGAUGCUGUGAGAUGGAUAUAAGAACCCCUUGAUGCCAAUGCUCUGAGACGUUUUCUCUUUCUCUCCAUCACGCUGGUCCGUUAGAUUUCUUCUCUUUGAACUUGUUCGACCGAUUCUCAGGCUAGCCCUGUUCCAUUCCUUUCGAGACACCUUCUUUACACAUUCCGAUUCGUCUGGUACGAUCAGAAAUACACUCCUUCGAUUGUCGAACAGUUCUCUACCCAAACGCCUCGAUCAUUCAAAAUGCUUGCCAAAUCUCUUGCCGCAGCUGCCAUUCUUGGCUUCUCACUUGUCGACGCUCAUAUGGUCAUGACCAACCCGGUUCCAUACAACUUCAAAUCAUGGGACAACUCGCCAAUUGCGGGUGAUGGAAGCAACUUCCCUUGCAAGGAGACCGAUUACACUGUGACCACGGAGAACUACUUGACGAAGGGCCAGGAGCACACUUUGGAGUUCCAGGGCGGCGCCACUCACGGUGGCGGCUCUUGCCAGAUCAGUAUCACCUCGGAUCGUGCUCCUACCAAGGACACACAAUGGAGUGUCAUAAAGUCAAUUGAAGGAGGCUGCAUGGAUCCCAACGAGGCUAAUACUAACCAGGGUGGUGACGCAGGGAUGAAGAAUGGGUUCAGGCCCAGUUUCGUCAUCCCCGAGGACUUCGAGGACGGCCAGUAUACUCUUGCUUGGACCUGGAUCAAUCGCAUCGGGCAGCGUGAGUUCUACAUGAACUGUGCCCCGAUUACGAUUAGUGGCGGAUCUUCCACGAAGAGAUCAGAUGUUGCCGCUGUCGAGAAACGCGCUCAAAGUUACCCUCCUAUGUUCAUUGCCAACAUCAACGGCUGCAAGACAGAGCAGAACAUGUCUCCUCGAUACCCCAACCCUGGCUCCAUGGUUGAGACACUCAAUGAAGCGCACCUCAUCCCCGAUGCCAACAAUGUUUGCUACGAAGGUUCGCCGACUUGGGGAGACGCCGGCUUCGGCAGUGGUGGUAGCUCUGUGGAGCCUACCUUGGGAGGGGACGCUACCGGAGCGUCUUCUACCCCAGCAGCUCCUACCGAAGCAACUCCGGCUCCGACCGAGGCGGCUACCCCUUCUAUUAGCAUUGGAGGAACCGUAGCCGUCCCUGACUUCACCGGUGAGCCUACAGCUGCCCAAACAACUGAGCCUGCCGCCGUCAUUCCUACUCCUUCCUCAACCUUCGUGUCCGUACCUGCACCAACCGCCACACCGACCUCCACGCCUAGCACAGGCACCACUUCGACCGCUGGCGCCCUUUCCGGCCCGUGCACCGACGAAGGCUCCUGGAACUGCAUUGGGGGCUCGUCCUUCCAGCGCUGCGCCAGCGGAACUUGGACGGAGGUCCAAACCCUGUCUAGCGGUACAGAAUGCACCCCGGGCCAGAACACGAAUUUUGCAGUCAAGGCUGUCCAGAUCAAGUCCCGCAUGCUUAAAGAGAAGCGCUCCCGCAGGCGCGCUCACGGCCACAUCAACAUUCACUCGUAAAUCCAAGGCAAGGGCAUCCAUCGGCUGGUCGGGUGGCACCCUAGGCUUGCUUACGAGUGCUUACAUUCUUAACUCGUUUCAAAUCACUUCACUACUAGUUUUUGUCGUGAUGGAUCCUCUUACCUUCGUUUCAUUUCGUGUCUUUACCAUUUUUCUGACGGACAGCGGCGGAUAUGUGAUUUUCGCGCGGUAAAACCUAUACGGAAUUGGGUGCAUUAGGUAGAUACCGUCUUAUAUCCAAUCAGUCUUUCUCGCAUGUGUUUCUCCUAUAUCUCUGUUUCGUAUCAUAGACGAAUGAACAUAGCGCUGGUUCCUGAUA